AUGAGUCCGGGGACAAGGUGCUGUCGCAACCCUUUGCCCCCUCGGUCAGUAAAUGCGGCAUUGCCUGUUGUCAACGUGUACGUUGAGGGUAAACGAUGUUCGGCGCUCGUUGACACUGGAUGUUCCCGAUCGAUCGUUAGUGCGGAUCGAUGCGUGACAUGGAACAGUCAACAAAUCGAGAUUCGGACGAUUGACGGGGUGUCCCGGGCCUGUUGUGGUGUCGGGACUGUGUCAGUCCUAACAGACGGAGGGAGUCAUGCCAAAGUCGACGUCUUGGUGGCACGUCAAAGGCCCCUCGGGUACGACCUGCUACUUGGGAUUGAUGCGAUCCGAGCGUUAGGAGGCAUGAUGAUCACGCCAGCCGGAAAUGUGGAACUGGACAUGACCACCUCCGUUGAAACAACCGCAUUGAUUGCGAGCCAACCUGCAAACUCCGGCAAGUCUCACAGCCUUGAAAGUGACAGAAUACUAGCCGACGUAAAGCGACAAUUGCUGGACCUGAACGAGCAACUACGGCAGGCGCACAGGCACGACCCAACCACCAUCAACAGGAACAAUCAGACCGGCCCCUCCUCCAACAUGAAGCACAGCCGGACGCAAAGAGGCACUGGCUAA